GAGAAAGAGGGACAGAGAAAGAGAGACUGAGAGAAGACGGGAUCUAGGGAGAGAUGACCAUCCUGUAGAGGCUUCGUUAGAGUAGGACAGUGAAACACAAACACACACACACACACACACACACACAUACACUCUCAGACUUAACGGCUGCAUGUGGAAGACAAUAAGUCACAGUGACCCAGUAUCUUCACUGUAUGUGGAUUUGAAGGCAAAGGAACACAAGUCAUAAAUCAGGCCAGUGCGUCCGGCUGAUGGGAAAAGGGAUUUUCUCUGAUGGGGAUGACUCCAGCUCUGAGUCGGCUGUGUUUAAACGGAACAGGAGUCCUCAUCUGAGAGGUCUCAUAAAUUGCUGCCUUCAUAAGUACUGAAUUUUCCCAAGAUACACAACCACAUUUGUAAACGUGGUUAAAAGUACGCAACUAAGCCAAUCGGCAGCCGGGACAGGAGGAGACAGCCAAUCGGGGGAGAGAGAUGCGGACGCAAGGACAGCUGGCGGUUCUGGCUGUGUUGUCACUCUUACUACUUCUCUGGAGAGAGGUGUCUUCAAUCGAGGUCCCGUUAGAUCCAAAGAUCCAGCAAGACCUGAAACAGCCCCCCACCAUUGUGAAGCAGUCUGUAAAGGACUACAUUGUUGAUCCCAGAGAUAACAUCAUCAUUGAGUGUGAGGCCAAGGGGAACCCUGUGCCAACGUUUUUAUGGAGGCGAAAUGGGAAGUUCUUUAACAUGAUUAAAGAUCCUAAGGUGUCCAUGCGGAAACGCUCUGGAACGCUGGAGAUUAAUUUCAGGAACGGCGGGAAGCCGGAGGACUAUGAGGCGGAGUACCAGUGCUUCGCCUCAAAUGACUUCGGCACGGCGAUCUCCAACAAAAUCCUGCUUCGAGUGUCCAAGGCACCACUGUGGCCGAAGGAGGUCUUGGAACCGGUGCUGGUGAGUGAAGGAUCAUCUGUGGUCCUACCAUGCAACCCCCCUCCUGGCCUGCCCCCGCCACACACCUUCUGGAUGAAUAGCAUCAUGAUGCCUAUCACACAGAAUGAGAGGGUCUCCAUGGGGCUAAACGGAGACUUGUACUUCUCCAACGUCAUGGCCUCAGAUGCCAAUACUGACUAUAGCUGCAAUGCACGUUUCCUCUUCACUCACACCAUCCAGCAGAAGAACCCCUUCACUCUCAAAGUCAUCACGACACGGAAUGUGCCAGAAACACACCCUAGCUUUCUGUCUCCAACGCGGCUAUCCAGCUCUAAGAUGGUGCUUCGUGGAGAGCAGCUUCUUUUGGAGUGCAUAGCCGCUGGAGUGCCAACUCCUAGUAUUAAGUGGUUCAAGAAAGGAGGAGACCUGCCGUUCAAGAAGGUAAAAUUCGAGAACUUCAACAAGACCCUACGGAUUGUAAGUGUAUCUGAGGAGGACGCUGGAGAUUACAUUUGCAUGGCCAACAACAAGAUCGGCAGCAUCCGCCAUACCAUCUCUGUCCAGGUCAAAGCGGCUCCUUAUUGGCUGGAUAAGCCUACUAAUCUUGUACUGGCUCCUGGUGAGAGCGGGAGACUGGUCUGUCGGGCCAAUGGAAACCCUAAACCCACUAUUCAGUGGCUGAUGAACGGAGAGCCCAUUGAGAGUUCGCUGCCGAACCCUAGUCGGCAGGAGAUCGGUGACACCCUCAUCUUCCGUUCAGUGCAAAUAGGCAGUAGCGCUGUGUACCAGUGCAAUGCCUCUAAUGAACAUGGUUAUCUGUUGGCCAAUGCCUUUGUCAGCAUCCUAGAUAUGGCACCUAGAAUGCUUGGUCCCAAGAAUCAGCUGAUCAAAGUGAUUGAGAACAACCGUACUCUCCUAGAUUGCCCCUUCUUUGGCUCACCUUUACCUGACCUCCGCUGGUUUAAGAAUGGGUUAGGGAGUGGUCUGGAUGGAGGCCAGUAUAGGGUGUAUGUCAAUGGUACGCUGGAGAUCAAACAGGCUCGAGCAGAAGAUCAGGGAACUUACACCUGUGUGGCAAGGAACAUCUUGGGAAAGUCAGAGAACCAGGUUCGCCUGGAGGUCAAAGAACCCACUCGGAUAGUAAGUGCCCCAGAGCACCUCUCAGCCAUUCGUGGGAGUGUCGCACGCUUUAACUGCCGCGUCAAAUAUGACCAGAGUCUCCCUAUCACAGUCACCUGGCUGAAGGAUGACAAACCUCUCAGCCUUGGAUGGAGGUUAAAGAAGUACGAUGAGUUUUUGUCUAUUCCUAAUGUCCAAAAGGAAGAUGAGGGGACCUAUACAUGCACAGUCAGAACUGAGAUCGAUGAGGACUCUGCCUCUGCCCGUCUGACUGUUUUAGAGGAUGAUUCCCUGUCUCCCUCAAAUCGUAGUGACUUGUUAGCAGGCCAUCCUGAGGCCCCCAUGGACCUGGAGUUGUCAGACCCCUCAGCACGGAGUGUCAGGCUGACCUGGAUCCCUGGAGAUGACAAUAACAGCCCCAUCACAGAGUACCUAGUCCAGUUUGAGGAGGACCGAUGGGAGCCAGGAAAGUGGCAGAACUUGUCAAGUUUCCAAGGUGACCAAAACUCUGUGAUCCUGGAGCUUUCGCCGUUCGUGAACUAUCAGUUCCGGGUCAUCGCCAUCAACGCAGUGGGUCCGAGUCCGCCCAGUCGUCCCUCUUCGCGUUAUCAGACCAGCGGAACAGUUCCUGAAAUUGUCCCUGGAGGCCUGAAAGGUUGGGGCACAAAGAAGAAUAACAUGGAGAUCACCUGGGAGCCACUGCUAGACACACAAAGAAAUGGACUCAACUUGCGCUAUGUGGUCUGGUGGAGGAGGAAAGACUUGGAAGAAGACUGGAAGAACAUCACCACUACCAGUACAAAGCAUGUUGUACAUGACACAGAAACCUUUGUUCCUUAUGAAAUCAAAAUCCAAGCUGUGAAUGAUUUUGGGGAGGGUCCUGAGUCAGACAUUGUCAUCGGUUACUCAGGAGAGGACUUCCCCUCUGCUCCACCCACCGACCUGAAGGUGUCUAAGAUCGAAAACUCCACAGUGAACAUACACUGGAUUCCAGUGGAUCCUAGCACAAUUAAUGGAAAGUUAAAGGAAUACAAGCUAUACUACUGGAGAGAGAGCAGCCUCGUGAAGGACUUGAAAGUGAAGAAAGAGAACAAGACGAAGGGUUUCUUUAUCACUGACUCUAAGUUCACAGGCAUCCUCACUGACCUGAUACCCUACAGCAAGUACAAGAUGCUCAUGGUGGUGGCUAACACACAGUAUGAGGGACCUCCAAGCAACACUGUGGAGUUCAAGACCAAGGAGGGAUUGCCAGCUGCUCCGAAGUACUUCAGGAUCGUGCAGAGGAACACGGAAACCAUUCAUUUAGAAUGGGACGAGCCUCCAGAGCCCAACGGCGUGCUAAUUGGAUACACACUUCGGUACCACACAGUUAAUGGGACAAAAGAGGGAAAGAGGCAGGUGGAGAGCUUCUUACCCAAUGUGACACAGUUCACCAUCCGCCUGCCUGACCGCUCCACCCGCUACAAGUUCUACUUAGCUGCACGUACACGGGUUGGAUCAGGAGAAGUCUACGCUGAGGAGUCCCCGCAUUUUGCCAAUGAAGUAUUUGAGUCAACAGAUGUCCCGGUGUUUGCAACAUUACCUCCUAAACCUCCCACUACCAUCCCCAGUACAACUAUUAGCACCUCAGCAACAACAACAACUGCCACCACGAUACCUACCAUAGCUACUAUUGCAGCUACUACUGCAGCCACUACUAUCUCUACCACUACUACCUCAAGCACCACUCCUACAACCACAGCUAAGCGAGUGGAUCUGAAUAAACUGGCCCCUGGGAAAAAGAUCUGGAAUGUGACAGUGGAUGCUAACAGUGACUAUGCUAACGUCAGCUGGAAGCACAACUUCCCCGUUGACAGCAGCGAGUUUGUGCUAGAGCUCACACUGGACAGUAACGGCACAGUGAAAACUGUACUUGUAAACCAGCCCCCCAUUAAGGUAGCAGGGUUGAUAGCGGGGGCCAAGUACCGACUACGGGUUUACUACCAUGAGCAGGACAGCAUCACCAGCCAGUAUGUCACCUUUGAAACAAACACAGCCUACAGUAAGGAACAUGUGGACAUAGCUACACAGGGCUGGUUCAUUGGUCUUAUGUGUGCCAUUGCCUUGCUGGUUCUCAUCCUGCUUAUUGUCUGUUUCAUCAAGAGGAGUCGAGGAGGGAAGUACCCAGUGAGAGACAAAAAAGACCUACCUUUGGAUCCUGUUGACCAGAAAGACCAGGAUGGAUCAUUUGACUACCAGAACGAGAACAGGUAUUUGGUUUCAACGACCAGUGACGAAGACAACAAGCCACUGCAAGGCAGCCAGACGUCCCUGGACGGCAAUGUCAAGGAGAGUGAUGACAGCUUGGUGGACUAUGGUGAGGGAGGGGAUGGCCAGUUCAAUGAGGAUGGUUCAUUCAUUGGCCAAUACACCGUGAAAAAGGACAAAGAGGAAACAGAGGGCAAUGAAAGCUCAGAAGCCACCUCGCCCGUCAAUGCCAUCUACUCACUGGCAUAGCCCCCAGCCGGGCUUGGCACCGCGUGAAGGUGCUGUAUCACACACACUUAAAUCAAUAUAUCUAUAGAGAAAAAGUGAAAACACAUAUACACACACAGAGCAAUGGGAUGCACGGUUCCUGAGCUGAAUGGGAGAGAGCAAAAACAAAACACCCAGGCGAGCCAGGUCUUGAUUUCAGACUCCAAAUGCGGCUGGCGGAGAUGCAGUCAGCACGACACCUAUUUCCCCAUUUGCCCCACACAGACUGCGGUGUGCCUUUAGAGCAGUGGGGUGUAGGGACAAAAAGUGGCACCAUUGGGAUUUUUCAAAGCAUUUUGUGUGGCUUAAGCUCUUUUUUUAAUUUUCAGAAUCCUUCCCUCACCCCCUCCCCCCUUUAUCUGUAGCUAGCAUCAAAGAAAAGGAGACACACGCGCCAGUCCCAUGACAUAUCAACUGUGGACCAUCAGAAGAGCAGGAUGUCAGCGGACGUGUUUAUCAUAUUGAUAUUUCUGCAGUGAAAGAUCCUUUCACAGCUGAUAGUUAUGUCAAUAAUUACAAGAAUGCUGUAUACAGUGCCGGCACACGUCUUUGUGCCCUAGAAAACUAUGCACUAUGUAUUACCACAUCAUGUUUGAAGUUUAAUUAAGGUGAUAAAAAAAAAAAUCUCGUUUCCUUUUUAAUGUUGACUUGUGCAGAAAAACAAAACCCUUAAGUAAAACGCUGCUGUUACUUUUACCCUUCUGGGUUUAUAUACGUGCUUUUCUUUUUCAGUUGCUGCAGCUAUAACAAUGUCAUUAUUGCCACAAAUGUUUAUAACUCCAGGUUAGACAUCAACUGUAAACGACAAAAAAAAAAAAAACCUAUUGAUUUUAAGCAUGGUAGUAUAUUAGUGCAAGAGACAAUGGAAUGGAUCAGUCUUGGAUAAAACCCUACCAGGGGGACAGUUGAAUAAUGAUAUUAAGUUCUCCUGAUUUAUAACUGAAUGGCAGUAUACAGUACUGAUAUCUGGUAUCUUUUGUUCAAGAAGUCUUAAAAGGUUGGGGUGCAUCGAUGCAUUUGGUGGACUGCCUUUGAACGCUUUGUCAGUUAAAUGGUUACAUAAAGGCGUAUGCAAAGUUAAAUGGCUCUAUACAGGCAGAGAUGACCAGAGGUCCUCUGCACAACUGUUUGGAAACUUUCACAGUAUAACCUCAUUCAGAUUUAAAAAAAAAAAAAAAUCACACGGUUAUGGAAGUUAUCCGGUAAGUUAUGCAGGCAAGUCUGUUCAGAACAAGAGAAUCUGGUCAUAUACUGUAGAGUAGUAGCAAAUGAACGAGAUAUUACGUAAAGACAGUAAAGAUCAUAUUUCAUAACUAGAGGCUUAUCAGAAGUAUCUGGAUCUCUGGUUGGAGCAUGUUAAAAUACACUGCCCAGAAGACAUGCCACUGUAAGUCUGGUGCCACCCAAACUAGUGGAGGUGUCUGUAUAGCUUCAGACCUGCAGCACCUCUCCUCUACUGCACUAUUACAGCUGCUCUCACUGUAUGGCACAAGAUAUCCAUUUUUAUGUUUGCCUUUACUUUGUUUAUACCACUGAUGUGUUUCAUUUAUUAUUAAUUGAUUUAUUAAAGGAUUAAUGUCUCGAUUUAACAUCAGACUUAACUAAGUCACAGUAGAGUGAUGUAAACACAUGUCUCGAGAGAUUUUUCAUAUAGCGUGGGAUAGAACUGCAUUGUGGUCCUGCUAUGACAGACGGAUAUUGUGUUGCAAUAGGCAUUUUGCUGUAAACUAACAAAAUAUCAUGACAUUGUCAAAGAGAGUAUGUUUUAUCUGUCUGCUUUGCUGCUCUUGUAGUAUUAUUGUCAUUGUAUUAAUGUUUGUUACGUGUUCAUAUUAGAAUUUAUUUAUAAUAUAACUUUUACAUAGCACAUAAAGCAUAUAUUCUUAAUUUGUUUUACAUAAAUAGGGCUGUUGUCAAAUGUCCUUUUAUCUGUGUAAAUAUUAUUUUUCAGGUUGUCACAGACUACCUGCUUUACAAAUCUGAAUCCACAUUAAAAAUGUAUUUGGUGCAUCCCAAAAUGGCAGACUUCGUGCACACUUUUAAAUUAAUUCUUGGCUUAGAUUUGGAUCGGUGUCAAUCAGUGAGAUUUGUUCGACAUUUCUCUUCAGAAUUUGCCUGAAGUCAGUUUUUUCUGUCCUGUGGUUUGUUUGUAAGGUGCAUUGUCACUUCUCUCCCAGUUAUCUGUUUAGAGAAUCUGUCAGGAAUAUUAACUGGUAAUGUAAAUAGCAAGAGCUGUAGGACUUUAACACGAUAGCAUUCUGCACACAUCCUCAAAAGCUGUAACUUAACUUUUUUUUUUUGAAAACAAAGUGCAUUGUACGAGGCCAGAGGGACAGUCUGUCCUUUCCUGUUUAUGUGUUGAUUCACUUCAGUCCUGCUGGGUGAGGCUACACAUAGAGUCGUAUUCUCUCAUCAUGCUUUACACCACCGUGUCUCUUGGCCCACUUAACCUAGCGACAGCUCUUUUUGGAAGGGCUCAAUAUCAGGUCCGUGUUCCAGCUUCCUAAUGAUGAUGUGAUGUCUUAUGUAAUGACUUUACAUUAAAAAGAAACCUCUUUGUGGA